AUGUUGCAAAUCCCAAUUCAGCAUUUCCUGAAGCCAGAAGUCACCAAGGACGAAGUCAGUUAUUUGCAGCAGCUUUUCAUAUCAGAGACAACUGAGAAGAGGCCACACACAGUGCUCCUGAAAGGAGUGUCAGGAGUUGGCAAGACACUGGUGUUGUUCCAGUUAAUGCUGGCCUGGUCAGAAGGCCUGUUGUUUCAGGACGAAUUCUCCUACAUCUUCUACCCCUGCUGUGAGGAAAUAAAGCAGUUGAAGACAACAAGCCUGGCCUACCUGAUGUUCAGAGAGUGGUCCAGCCCCUCAGCUUCCAUAGUUGAGAUAGUAUCCCAACUUGCCAAGCUCUUGUUCAUCAUUGACAGCUUGGAAGUGCUAAAUUGUGAUUUAACCGAACUGGAAUUGAAGCUGUGUGAUAAUUGGAUGGAGAAGCAUCCAGUGAACAUACUGCUGAGCAGUUUGCUUAGGAGGAAGAUGCUCCCAGAAUCCUCUCUCCUCAUCACUGGUCCCCCAGAGAGUUUUGAUCAGUUGGAGGACAGGAUAGACUACACAGAUAUGAAAACUGUGAUGGGUUAUGAAAACACUAUGAGGAUAUGUUUCCAGGAAUUGUUCCAGGAUGAGAGCACAGCCUAAAAAGUCUUCAGGUUGGUGAGAGAAAACGAACAGUUAUUUCAUAUGUGUCACAUCCCUACUCUAUGCUGGGUGGUGGCCACUUGUCUAAAAAUUGAGAAAGAAGAGGCACGAGACCGAGCCUCUGUCUGUCGAUGUACCACCUCUGUGUACACUGCUUACUUCUUGAAUUUGUUCAUUCCCAAAAGUGCCCAUUGACCAAGUGAAAAAGGGCAAGACCUGCUGUGAGGCCUGUGUUCCCUGGCUGCUGAGGGCAUGUGGACUUACAAAUUUGUAUUAAAUCAGGAGGAUCUUGGGAGAAAGGGGAUUGUCAGUUCAGACAUCUCCACACUCCUGAACACGAGUGUACUUCUGAAGAGCAAGGACUCCAAAAAUUUCUACAAAUUCCAACACCCAUCCAUUCAGGAGUUCUGUGCCGCUGUAUUUUAUCUGGUGAGGAGCCACAGGGACCACCCUAGUAAAGAUGUUAAAGGUAUAGAGGCACUCCUGUUUACGUUUCUCAGGAAAGUCAGGGUGCGCUGGAUUUACUUGGGCUGUUUUAUCUUUGGCCUUCUACACAAAUCAGAACAAAAAAAGCUACAGGCAUUUUUUGGCUACCUGUUUUCCCAGGACCUGGAAGAGACCAGUAUUGUCAAAGACGUUUGGGAACAAGUCGAUGACAUGAAGUUGUCUUAUUGUCUGUUUGAGAUGGAGAAUGAAGCUUUUGUCAUGCAGGUGAUGAACUUCUGGCAGCGGAUCAAGUUUGUGGGUAAGGACAAUUCAGAUCUGAUGGUGGCUACCUACUCCUUGAGGAACUGUUUUUCACUGCAGACUCUAUCCUUUUCAACCCAAGACAUCCUGCAGGAAGGACAAGAGCACAGCUCUCUGUGA